AUGCCCUCAUAUUUCUAUCAUCUCAAUGUUCAGAUUCUUACACACAACCCAGAUACCCCAGAAUCACCGGGUUCCCCUCUGGCCUUGCACUCUGCAAGGGAAGCUUUCUAUCCAUUCCAACCAAGCAGGCCCCCAAGCUCCAGUGACUUGUCACCAGCACUAGGGACAAGCGCUGGAAACAACCAGGCGCUGAGCGCACAUCAAACCCUUGCACAUCGCCAAAAAAGUCCUUCUGCCCUCUCUUCACCAGCUACAACAACUCCACCUCGAAACAGCUCCUCCAGCUCCUCCCAGUACACCUUAUCCUCUACUUCCACCACACCAAGCUACAGGCCCACACCUACAACCCUCCAAGCCGACAAGCGCUUCGACUCCAUCUCAAUCGAGUGCAUUGACAUGGUGGCCCCACCAAAAAACCCCGCAAAACGCACCUCAAAGCGCACGUCCGCCCAAGAACCAGAGAAUCUAGUCGCAGCCGGAAUCGGCACCGACAUCCUGGGCGGACUACGCACAAAAGGCCGUUACAUUCCCCUCGACCAACAAGUCACCGACAGCAUAUGGGGAAUCGUCCACCUAUACCGUGACACCCAGGAAACGCCCUACCUGGCCCGCGAUGACGACUACCCCACCUACCUGAAGGGAUCUGCCGCUGCAGCGCGCAACCCGGGCGAGCAGCAGGCUACGUUACAGGGACACUUGCCCGGUACAGCUUCGGCGGGUGGUUCUGCUGCGGGGGCUACGGCGUAUCCGUUCCCUGUUACUGCUUCUUCGUCUGCGGUGCAUCCUGAUGAGGAUUGUACUACACUGUGCAUUCUCGCUGUGCCGUCUUAUUUGUCGCCUCCUGACUUCCUGGGAUUCGUUGGGGAGGAGACUAGGGAUGAAGUUAGUCAUUUUAGGAUGAUUAGGACUGCGCGGGCGAAUAGGUAUAUGGUUUUGAUGAAGUUUCGGAAUGGGAAGAAAGCGGCUGAGUGGCAGAAGGAGUGGAAUGGGAAGGUUUUCAAUAGUAUGGAGCCGGAAACUUGCCAUGUUGUAUUUGUCAAGACGGUUGAGAUACAGGUUGUGGAACCGGAAUCUUCAAAUGCGUUCUCGUCAGAUGAACAUGGUGCUCUAUCGCCGAAUCUCUCUACUCUUACUCGGCCUGCAGUUUCCUCUGCUGGACAAGCGACUCUCACUGGGAAACCUCUCGCGCCGCCUACUCCCGCGCUGAUCGAAUUGCCCACCUGUCCUGUUUGCUUAGAGCGAAUGGAUGAAACAACAGGGCUACUUACUAUCAUCUGUCAACACGUCUUCCAUUGCACCUGCCUGCAGAAAUGGAAAGGCAGCGGUUGUCCUAUCUGCCGAUACACCCAAGACGACUUCCGUAAAAGCAGCACAGACGCCGAAAGCGACGCCGAACCCCAAGAAUGCGCAGUAUGCCACGCCGACAUGAAUCUCUGGGCCUGCAUAAUCUGCGGAACCGUUGGUUGCGGCCGUUACGACGGCGCACACGCCUUCGAGCACUGGAAAGAAACAGCCCACGCCUUCUCAAUGGAUCUCACCACACAGCGGGUAUGGGACUAUGUAGGCGAUGCCUACGUCCACCGCAUUAUCCAAAGCAAAACAGACGGCAAGCUCGUCGAACUCCCAGCAGCAGACCACAGUGCUCUCGACCCACCAGAUUGGGGCGACGCCGUGCCGCGCGAGAAACUCGAAAACAUGAGCGUCGAAUACACCCACCUCCUGACCAGCCAACUCGAAAGCCAACGCGCUUAUUUCGAAGAAGUUGUCGAGCGCGCCGUCGACAAAGCCUCUAAAGCCAGCGCCGCCGCAGCCGCAGCCCAACUCUCCGCCAGCACGGGCUCCUCUCAGCUCGAAGAACUGCAAUCCAAAUACGAUACCCUCUCGCUAGAAACAAUACCCUCGUUGGAUCACGACCGAUCCCGCGCCGAGAAACGCGCUGACAAAUUCGAGGCGUUGGCGCGCAUGUUCGAGAAGAAUUGGCAAGAGGAGAAAUCUAUGAAUGGGAAUAUGAUGCAGAGGCUUGACCUUCUCGCUGCGGAGGUUGCAGAAUUAAAGACCUCUAAUGCUGAUCUUGCGGAGCAGAAUCGUGAUCUUACUUUCUUUAUUAGUGGGUCGCAGCGCUUGCAGGAUCAGGGCGAGGAGGUCACGGAGGGAACGGUUAGUAUUCCUGAUCCCCCCAAGAAGAAGAACAAAGGAAAGGGGAAGGGCAAGAAGUAG